AUGCGCCGCUCUACAAGGUGUUUUCUCGCGAUCUCCUUGGCAGUUUCAUGCCUGACCCACAUUAGGCUUGGACCCCUCUUCGUGCCGCUGAGCUGUGCAGAAGGUAGGCGGCGAUUGCUGCUGGGGUCAGUGGGCCCUCUGCUAGGUCUAGUCGGCCAGUCUGCGCAGGCGCAGAGCAGCUUUAGCACGGAGAAGUGGGAUGGCUCCUUCCUGGACACGAGCCGAGACUGCAAGGAGGUCGAGUUAGGGACUCCGGAGGGCACCUGCUUGCGGAACAUUGAUGCGCUGGGUGGCUAUGCCACAGUCCUGGGCAAGGACUCUCCGACGGGCGAUGUCUGGGAGUGCCUCGCGGAGUAUGACGGGAACGACAUUCAGGUUCCCUUCAAGCAGAAAGGAGGAAAGAAGGCUACUGGAAAGUGGUUCAGCAACCGGAAGCUUGACAUCAAAGGCAUUGAGUGGGAUGAUGGUACUGUCUGGGAGAAGAUGGAAUACAAGAUCAUCAACUCGCCGAAUGAGCAGAUGGAUCCGCUUGGGAAGAUCAAGAACAAAGCGCCCAAGCCAGCGCCGGGCAUCCAGUAG